UUUACUCCAUUCUUGUGUCUAUUUAUUUUAUUAUUUGUAUUAGUUUCUUCUAAUAACAUUUUAGAACUUUAGAAUAACACUUAUAAUGUCGAUUUGUGAUUAAUUUUAUUUCAUUGUACAACUUAUGGAUUAGAAUUUCAAUAGAAUCUAUUCUAUUCAAUUGUUACAUAUCUAACUAUCAAUAAACGAAUAGAUGGAAGCGAAAGAAGAAAAUUUUCCUGCUCAAUGGGCAAUUGAUCUUCUUGAACCUACAGCAUUAGAUCAGUCAAACUAUAUUUUUAAAUAUUAUUUAGCACCGAUUGCUGGAUUUGCGUGUGGCAUUACACAAGUGACAUUAAACAAAAUGCAAAAAAAGCCUACAUAUACUAAUAAACCCUAUAUGUUACUUGGAUUUUUGGGUGGUAAUCUUUUUGGAUAUAUUGUACAUGCUAUGUUUGACAUAAAAUCUGCAAGGAAAGAUGCAAUAAUAAGAGAUUAUAUAAGGCUUCAUCCAGAAUAUUUUCCUAAACCAGAAUAUAAAAAAUAUGCAGAUAUUCUUGAGCCAUGGACUCCAUGUCGUUAAAAAACUGUAAUGUGUUCAUUCUUAUUAUGUAGCAUAAUUUUUUCUAUGAAUAGUGAAUAAAAAAUGAAAUAUACUAUUAAAA